AGCGAACGGUCUGGAGAAGGUACGCUUGACCUCAGAAAGCGCCUUCCUGCUCCAGACCUACGUACGCACAGUCGCAGCUUGGAUGGAUAUCUUUGACCAUGCCAGCACCUUUCAGCACAAAAUCCCACAGCUGGUCCUCAGAUCGCCGCUUCUGUUUCAUUGUGUAUGCGCCUUUACAGCCAACUAUCUAGCUCUUUCCAAUUCGAGCCAUGAUCCUUCUUGGCAGGUCACAGCUUCCAAACAUUAUGGCGAAUCAUUACGCCUACUCAUAGAAGCUUUGAGCAUGCCUUCGCACGAACAUGCACUGACUGCAAGUAUGCUGCUCUUGAGCUACGAGAUUCACGGAGCUUUGCGUUCUGAGGACUAUCGGCGUCACUUUCUUGGCCUUACGGUACUCAUCAAAUCGCGUCAUGUUACGGCACAAUCAAGCGGCACUGAUCUGGCCAACUUCUGGAUCUAUAUCCGACACGAGAUUGUCGUAGCUAUGGCGAGCGAGCAGCCUCUGAUACUAGAUCCUGCAGAAUGGGAGGUAUCUUGGGUAGAGGGUGACACUAGAGAGGAUGUAUUAGGAAACCAUGUUCUCUGGAUAUUAGCCCGGGUGAUCAAUCUCAUUUUCGGACCCGAUGGACGAACUGAAGCAGGUAAAGAGCAGCGCCAAGACUUCCUGCACGAGAUUGAAAUGUGGCGAAGGGGGCUUUCUGACACGUUUGUUGGUAUUGCGUACGGGGACAAAGACGAAGAUGGCUUUUGCAAAGUGUACUUCCCAGUGGCUGCCGCAGCCGCUGCAGCGUUUUGGUAUCAUAUAACACACAUUUUGCUUUAUGCAGAGCCAGAACUUCAGGACGAGGCCUACAUUCCUUUGAUCCAGGAGCAGGCUAUGAAGAUUACCGACAUAGCAAUAUCGGAUUUCCCUCCAUCGUUGAUGGUUUUCUCUACCCACGGUCUCUUCUACGCUGCAAAACAUAUUCAUGGGAUCUCUAGAAAGGCGCGUAUAUGGAACGUCUUGAACGAGGUUGAGCGGCAAACUGGGUACAACACGAGUACGACCGUGAAGCUUCUCCAGACCUUGGUAGAAGAAGGCGUACAAAGUCAUAGCGGGAUUACAUUAUGAGCUAUCCUCACUGCCUCGAAAAGAAAGACAUCGAAGUUUACCAGUCUCUGCCUUUGAAGUGCCUGGAGAAUGCCCGGCAUCGGACCGAGCCGCCUCGCUGGUCAGCUGCGGGCUGAAGCGAAGCCAGCAACUGAUCAAGCAUUUACUGCGAGGCUUCCUGGGGCAGUGAUGGGCUCGGAAUUCU